UGUCACAGUGAGCAACUGAAGCCUGAAGCCUCCACAUUGAACUUCCAAUCCCAUGGAGCCUCUGCACCUCCAUCUCCAGGGGCGCCCGGUCGCCCAAUUCCGUCCAGACACCGACAAAAUCCGACGCAAGCUCAUCGAAAAGGGCGUCGACCCAACUCCCAAGAUCGUCCACAUACUCCGUAAGAGGGAAAUCCAAAAGCACAACCGAAAACUGAAGUCCCAGCCCCCUCCUCCACUCACUCCCGCCGAGGCCCUAGCCUUGGAGGAAGACAAACACUUCCACGCCAUCAAACGCGAAUUCAGAAAAGUAAUGGAAGCCACCUCCUUCCACGAGAAGCGCGUCGUGGCGGGGAAGCCCUGGGAGGAGCUUCAAACGGUCGAGUUUCUGGAGAAGGCGAGAGCGAUCAAGGAGUACAGAGGAGGAAAGCUUAGAAGAGAGAGCUUAACGGAGCUCAAGGAAAUGUUCGAGGAGCGGAAGAUGGAUGAACUCAAGUGGGUUUUCGACGCCGACCUCGAAAUCAAUGAGGAUUGGUUCAACGAAGGGCAUGGAACGAGGGGCGACACUCGGAAACGUAGCGAGGGUGCGGUUAUCAAGUUUCUCGUUGAUAGGCUGAGUGAUAGGGAGAUUACUAUGAGGGAUUGGAAGUUUUCGAGGAUGAUGAAGUUGUCGGGAUUGCCAUUUACCGAAGAACAGUUGUUGAGGAUUGUCGAGAUGCUUGGUUUUAAACGUUGUUGGAAGCAAGCUCUUUCUGUAGUACAGUGGGUGUACAGAUAUAAGGAUCGCAGGAAGUUCCAAAGCAGGUUUGUGUAUACAAAACUUCUUGCAGUUCUUGGGAAGGCAGGAAGGCCAAAGGAGGCCCUUCAAAUUUUCAAAUUGAUGCGUGAAAGCAUCCAUAUAUAUCCUGAUAUUGCUGCAUAUCACAGCAUUGCUGUUACGCUUGGUCAAGCUGGUCUUUUGAAAGAGUUGCUGAAUAUUGUGGAAUGCAUGAGGCAGAAACCCAAAGCAUUUAUGCAUCGCGAGAACUGGGAUCCAGUCCUUGAACCUGAUCUGGUUAUAUACAAUGCUGUGCUCAAUGCUUGUGUUCCAUCAAAGCAGUGGAAAGGUGUGUCAUGGGUUUUGAAGCAAAUGAGAAAAAGUGGUCUAAAACCUAACGGAGCAACUUAUGGACUUGCAAUGGAGGUAAUGCUGGAGUCGGGGAAUUAUCACCUUGUCCAUGAGUUUUUUGGAAAGAUGAAGAGAAGUGGGGAAGUUCCAAAAGCCCUUACUUAUAAAGUGUUGGUGAGAACCUUCUGGAAGGAAGGUAAAGUUGAAGAAGCUGUGAAAGCAAUCAGGGAUAUGGAAAGAAGAGGAGUAGUUGGAACAGCUGGUGUAUAUUACGAGCUAGCUUGUUGCCUUUGCAACUGUGGGAGGUGGCGAGAUGCUAUUCUAGAGGUUGACAAUAUUAGAAGUCUUCCUCGUGCCAAGCCUUUGGAGGUUACUUUCACUGGCAUGAUUAAGUCUUCCAUGGAUGGUGGGCAUAUGGACGAUUCCAUACAGAUAUUUGAAUACAUGAAAGACCACUGUGUUCCUAACAUAGGGACCAUAAAUACAAUGCUGAAAAUUUAUGGCCAAAAUGAUAUGUUUUCUAAAGCCAAAGUUUUGUUUGAGGAAGUUAAAGCAGCCAAAUCAAAAUCUUAUGCCACUCCAGGGGAUGGUAAUAGCUCUGUUGUCCCAGACGCAUACACAUAUAACUCAAUGUUGGAAGCUUCAGCUAGUGCACAGCAAUGGGAAUACUUUGAGCAUGUGUACAGAGAGAUGAUUGUUUCUGGCUAUCAAUUGGAUCAAAAUAAACACUUGUUAUUACUUGUUAAAGCUUCAAGAGCUGGCAAGUUGCAUUUACUGGAGCAUGCAUUUGACAUGAUUCUGGAAGCUGGAGAAAUUCCUCGCCAUCUUUUCUUUUUUGAAUUGGUGAUUCAAGCUAUAGUUCAACAUAAUUAUGAUCGAGCUGUUAUCUUAAUAAACACCUUGGCUCAUGCACCAUUCCAAGUGAGUGAAAAGCAGUGGACAAACUUGUUUAAGGAAAGUGAAGACAGAAUGAGUCAUGAAAAUCUAGAGCGAUUGUUGGAUGCUCUUGGUAGUUGUGACGUGGUUUCAGAAUCAACAGUCUCUAAUUUAACAAAAUCAUUACAUGUUCUUUGUGGAUUAGAUACAUCUAGAAAAUUCUCUAGUAUAAUACCUUUUGGAAGUAAAGAUUCUGUUAAUGGCUCAGGUCCGAAUGAAAGAAUUGAUGAUAGAAAUGCGCCAAAAUUUAGCACAAGAAUGAUGAUUGAAGGUGCUGAAUCUGAGAAUGACAUUUUUAUUGGUAGUUAUGAUUCAGCGACGUCUGCCUGUACUCGUGAUGGAGGCAAUGAAGGAGAUAAUGAUGAUGUCAUGGUUUUCAGGCAUCAAAACUCUGAUAUUGAAGAUGGAACGAGUUCACAAGCUGAUAGGUUGGAAUGCACUGAUAAUCUGGCACUUGAAAAGUCUUCUGAUGCAUUGGACAAAAAGCUCUGGGAUGAUGGAAGCUCUGAAGAUGAUAAUGGUGAGGGAGUAACUAAGAAGGCCACAGCAUAUGAAAUAUUAGAAUUAUGGAAAGAAUUAAGAGUGGAGGACGGGAGCUUGUUACAUUCUGAACUUGGUCGUGGCUAGUGAUUGCAAGUUGUUCAACUGCUUACAUAUAAACUAUCUAGACAGGGACAAAUGUAACAAUUUCCAGUGUAGAUUAGCCUGUUCCGAUCAAUCCUGGUGAUAACUGGUACGAUGUUAUAAUCAAAACAAGGGAACCCAAUUAAAACACUGUAAAAUUAAAAUGUUGGCAACCUUUCCCUUGUCAUAAUAUUUUUUGCAGGGGAUUGUACUAAUAUUUCAAGAAUUUAAAUAUAUUUUUAGUUUCUAGAAUAAA